AUGAGAUUGCAUGCGGCUGCCCCUUCUCGAGCAGAAACAUCUUCUGUAACAGAUAAUCCAAUGUCCCUGGUAGAUCAAACUGGGAUACCUACACCACUAGAUCAGUCCAUGAUUGGGGUUGAGCCAUUUGAUCAAUCAGCAAUACAAAACAUGAAUACACUCCUAGACUCGCCUGACGACCUUCUUACAUGGCUCAUGCCUGAUUUCGGCUCAAUAUCAGCUCUCCCGCUGCCCUUCAUGGAAGAUCCUACUUAUCAACCGCUUGCACAGACGUCCAAUCCAUCUGAAGAGACCGCUAAGAAAAUUCAACGCGCACCAGGGACGAUGGCUCUACACCAAAUUCACGCAUUGAUCGAUGAUCUUUCAAAGAGACUGAAUUCUGAUUUGCAUAACACCGGUUUUACGUCUGCAUUUCUUGACACUUGCCUACAAGAAUUCAUUAACCGGACUUUGCCUUCUCUUCCAGUCAUUCAUGGGCCCACUUUCAAUCCUCGCGAGAUCAUACCUCCUCUACUCUUGACUAUGGCUGCGCUUGGAUCAUUGUUUGUCUGUCUACCGGGCUCCGUUGAAAAGGGAGAGAUUCUUUGGAGACUAGGCCACACUGCCGUUGCGACAUCUUGGAAUACCCUGCUUAACCUAAAAGGACCUCGUGACAGCUGUGAUGGGAUUCAAGUCGUCCUCACAGCUCUUCUUGGCCAGAGUUACGCGCUGUUGUCUGGAAAUCCAAAUAUACGCACUACCGCUCUAGUGGUCCACGGCCUUGGCUUCUACUGGGCGAGGACUUGCGGAAUGUAUGCGGUAAAAGACACACAGCUUGAUGAGAUCCCCGCACUGAAUGCACCCCAGUCGGAAAAAGAUGCUGCGUGGAAGAUAUGGGCAGCUUCAGAGGUUCAACGGCGAGCCGUACUUGGCCACUACGUCUUGGACGGGUUAAUAUCCCAAGCAUCUGCAUCUCCCGCAAAUGCGCGUCAUUUGAUCAACUCCCUCAACACGACCUGUUCUGACGCUGUAUUUUCUGCCGGAACGGCUGACGAAUGGAUCCUGGAGAUGACUCGUUCAGCCGCUGUCCAGACACCAUUCUCAGCAGUCUUUGCUUCUGUAUUCUCUAAUGACUAUCCUUCCAAGCCCAUAUGUCUAUCAAAAUUCUCAACAAUCGUCGUCAUGGAGGGUCUGCAAUCCCUCGUCUCUGAUCUUUACGAAACCACUGGUCCUAUAUUUGGGACUAUAUCUGCCUCGCAAAUAAUCCACGCCCUUCUCAACCUCUACGACACCAAUCUCUCCCAGCUCCUAAUACAAACUAACAACGACGACCACUUGCAGCUUUACAUUCGCUGGCACACCGUCUGUCUCGAACUCGCAGUCUCUUCAACCACCCUCUAUCACCAACUGUGCGAAACCUACAAGCUCCCUCGGGUAUUCGGCGAGCGCACUAGUGCCAAAAGACCACUCACCCAUCAUGAUUUUGAUCUGACUGAAUGGGCUGUGAGCGCAGAUGCGCUCCGCGCCGUCUUACAUGCAUCGGCUAUUAUACGCCUCCUAAAUGACAUUCCUUUUUCAAGGGCUCACGCAAUUCAUAUUCCCGCUGCUAUAUUUGCAUCUACAAUGGUCCUCGGAAGCGUAUAUCUCGUGCACGGUGAAACCAUUCAUCUUCCCAAGAGCUUUCAGUGGCGGGAUGUUUGGGCUGGUGUUCUUGCUGGUAGUGGUGAUGCAAAUGCACAUUAUCAGAGUCAAUAUCCUGGCUUGAAUGUGGAUUUCCACAGCACUUUGCGCUACCUACAUGGAAAAGGGAAUGGAGAAAUUUUGAUUCUUCGGGUACUCAAUGAGAUCAACUUCCUUCAUGCGGGCUUGGAGACUAUUGUCUCUCCGUGGGGUGUGUCGAAGCAAAUGAGGAAGGUGAUCCAAUGUCUUGCUGUUUUUUUGCAUGAGCGUUGA